AAUAAUUGAUAUUGAUAACUGAUGGGUUGUUUAUUUUAUGAGACCAUAACAUGAUAAAUUUUAUAAACUAAAUCUUAUUCAAAAUUUACGUAAUUAAAUUUUGUGAAAGCAAUAAAAGUAUUAAUAACAUUUUUUUCUAAUGGAUUUUAAAAGUAAAACUGCAGCUGCAUCUGAUUUAAAAAUAGAGGAUGAAUCAGAUGACGGUGUUUAUAUAAGACCAUCUAAGAAGAAAAUAAUGACUUCUCAAAUUGUAACAAAUGAUGAAUUAACAAAUUUGAUUCAAGAACGUUUGGCUAAUCGUCGUACUGGUGAACGCACAGAAUUUGCCAAUCAAUUAGCUAGAAAAUUAAUAAAAAAGCUACAUGACAAAGAUGAAAAAAUCAGAAAAAUUAAAGGGAAAAAAAGAAGAAGUGUUGUUGCUGAAAUUAAAAAUGAAAAAAGUGGUCAUUUAAAUAUGAAAAUAAUUAAAGAAGAUAAAUUGUUAGACUCUGAAGAUUCUGAUACACCAGUUCCUAGUUUUUCUAAAAAGUCAGCUAAGAAAAAGAAAAGAGAAACUUCUAAAAUGAGUGGUAAAGAAAUUGCUAUGACAAUUUUAAAUUGUAAAGAAAUUGAUAAAAAAGUUGCUAUUAAAUUUACCUCAACUCUUAAAUCACGAUUAGCAAACAAGUUGAAAAAAAAUUCUAGUGCUUCCAAGAAAUAGUAAAAAACAAUAAAGAAAAUGUUAGCGAAAUUUUGUAUCUAUAAUAAUUUAGAAUAUUAUUGUUAGUUGUGAAUAAUCUAAAUUUAUGAUUUUAUUUUUAUUAUUGUAUAGAAUAGCUUUUUUUAUUUUUACAUACAAUUAAUGUUGUAAAAUAUAUAAUUUUAAUAUUUAUUAAAGUAAACUAGAUUUGACUCAUUGAUAACCAACCAGUUGAUGUCAAUGUAAAAUAAUUUUCAUUACCCAUUUCGAUAAUUUAAUACAAUGCUUAAA